CUUCAGUUAGAGUUACACAGAGGGAGUUCACUUUCCUUCUCUGUGAACCUGCUCCUUCUGGUCUUUUCUUCUUUUUUUUUCUCCUUCUGACACCCCACUAAGUUACAGAGCACACAAUUAGCAUGAACACAAUGAAGACGUCCUUUAGGACCAGUGGAAGCGUAGCUGGAGGCGGCUAUUCUGGUGGUGGUGGUGGUGGUGGUGGCAGCGUCAGGAAGGCUUACUCCAGCCAAUCUGCGAUCCUCUCGGGCGGAAGCCGCAUGAGCGGUGCAGCUCGGGCUGGUAAUAUGAGGGGUCUUGGCCAAGGUUUCGGCGGUGGCUCGAACUACACCUACAGCUUUACCUCUGGCGGCGGCGGCGGUGGUGGCGGUGGUGGACUUGGUAUGGGCUUAGGUGGUGGCUAUGGCGGUGGUCUUGGCUUCGGCGGUGGCGGUGGUGGUGGUUUUGGCGCCGGUGGUGGAGGCGGCUACGGCGGUGGUUUUGGCUUAGGUGGUGGCGGUGGUGGUGGUGGAGGCUUGGGCUUCGGUGGAGCUGGUGGUGCUGGCUUCAUCCCCACCAUCACCGCUGUCCAAGUCAACAAGAGCCUGCUGGCCCCCCUCAAUCUGGAGAUCGACCCUAACAUCCAGGUCGUCCGCACUCAGGAGAAGGAGCAGAUCAAGACCCUCAACAACCGCUUUGCCUCCUUCAUCGAUAAGGUGCGGUUCCUGGAGCAGCAGAACAAGAUGCUUGAGACCAAGUGGAGCCUUCUUCAGGAUCAGACCACCACCACCUCCAAUAUCGAUAGCAUGUACGAGGCCUACAUCGCCAACCUCCGCAGGCAGCUCGACGGCCUGGGCAACGAGAAGGUCCGGCUAGAGGGUGAACUAAAGAACAUGCAGAACCUGGUGGAAGAUUUCAAGAACAAAUAUGAAGAUGAAAUCAACAAGCGUGCCACAGUAGAGAAUGACUUUGUCCUGCUCAAGAAGGAUGUUGACGGCGCUUACAUGAACAAGGUGGAAUUGGAAGCCAAGGUUGACGCCCUUCAGGACGAAAUCAAUUUCCUCCGGGCUAUCUACGAAGCGGAGCUGCAAGAACUGCAGGGUCAGAUCAAGGACACCUCAGUGGUGGUGGAGAUGGAUAACAGUCGCAACCUGGACAUGGAUGCCAUCGUGGCUGAAGUGCGCGCCCAGUAUGAAGAUAUCGCCAACCGCAGCCGUGCAGAGGCUGAGUCGUGGUACAAACAGAAGUAUGAGGAGAUGAAGAGUUCUGCUGGCGUGUAUGGAGAUGACCUUCGCAACACCAAGGCUGAGAUUGCAGAACUGAACCGCAUGAUUACCCGCCUGCAGAAUGAGAUCGAGGCAGUCAAGGCGCAGCGGGUUAACUUGGAAGGUCAGAUUGCGGAAGCCGAGGAGCGUGGAGAGCUAGCAGUGAAGGACGCCAAAGCUCGCAUUAAGGAUCUAGAGGACGCCCUGCAGAGAGCUAAGCAGGAAAUGGCACGCCAGGUGCGUGAGUACCAGGAACUUAUGAAUGUGAAGCUGGCCCUGGACAUUGAGAUCGCCACCUACAGGAAACUUCUGGAAGGAGAAGAGGACAGGAUCUCGUCUGGAGGUGGAAGUGCCACUAUUCAUGUGCAGCAGUCAUCUAGCGGUGGUGGUGGUGGCGGCGGCGGUGGAUUCGCCCUGGAAUCUGCCCUCGGCGGUGGUGGAGGAGGUUAUGGCUUCGGCCUUGGCGGUGGAGGUGGAGGUGGUGGGGGCUACGGCAUGGGCUUCGGCAGCGGCGGUGGUGGGGGUUACAGCAUCGGCGGGGGCUCCGGCAUUGGAGGAGGCCUCGGCGGCGGAAUGGGAAGUGGUGGCUCUACCAUCAGCAAGUCCAGGAUGACCACUACCUCUACUAAUAGAUUGUACUAGAGAGGAGACCCUCCUACCCCACAAUCCCUACCUAAUGCAAGCCCAUGCACAUCCAUAAAUGCAAAUUAUGUUACUGUUUCUCCCUUUACACAUAACGACAGAGCUUUCACUGGUCUCGAGUGCUAGGAACAUGCAUCCUGCCUAGAUUUUCACACACGAUGGCACAUUCUGGGGAAAGAAAAUACAAAGAGAUGAAACUCAUUUUCUGUGGCUGGAAUCAACUUCGACAUUAUUUCCUCUUACAUUAAGUCAAGGCUGCGGAAAAAUACCAAAACAUGAUUUCUCAGCCACUUUUCCUAAGUUUUAUUUCUUCCUUCAUUUCACCAACACAGAUCUAUGGAAAAAAAAGUUAACAAGAGAUAAAGCUGGACCAAGGACUGGUAAUGAGUGGCAAUGAAAUAUGUCACUGUUCCAAAGUAUUUGGAAUAGUAAAAGUCAAUGCUUGUGCAAUAGCAGGGAGUGACAGUGUCAUGGUAACAGAACAGCAGCUGUAACACUGAUCUCACACUGUGGUGCUGGCCAGCCAUACUGCAGAUGUACCAAAAGCAGCUCUGAGAGAGACCGACAGCUCAUGUAGAGAGACCGACACACAGACGGAUGUCAUAUUUCUGUCCACUUCUGUCCUAGUGCCCCUUGACUCUGUGGGGCCUUUGUGUGGCCAAAAUGGAAAUUCGAGGCGUCUUUUCCCACGAAGGAGGCAGUCUGUGCUGAACUAGCCUUAAGAAACCCAGAGGGCCAAAUUCAGUUUUUGCUCUUUCACUUUUUUAUUUUUUUUUGCCAGGGACGACACCAGAAAGGGUUGUAAACGGCUUCCUUUUUUUGUUGUAUUUUGUUUCUUUGAAAUUUGAGCAAAAUAAAAAGCUGACUGUCAUGACCAGAUUUGUGCUAAUUGACAAUGUAACACCAACAUUCUGAAUAAAUCUGAGUACAAUUACA